ACCACAGAGUCCUCAUCCUCAUGAGUGUUUUGUGUGCUGCGAUGAUGGUGUGAUUUCAAAUCCCUAACUUUUCGAAAUUCCCAAAUAAUCUGAGUGCGACCCAUUAAUCCAUGGCGAUGUCUCUCCGUUCCACUCCAUUCAUCUCUCUCCGUACAAGAAAAAGUUUCAACCUUUCUCCGAGAAUUCUCGCCCUUAGGUUAUCAUGCUGUGCUGGUGGGUCUUCACAAAAUCAGAACUUUUCUACAGAUUCCGAGAACAAAAGAUCAUUCGCUGUUGCUACCGGUGAGCUUUUCAUCGGAAUUGCGUCGAGGCUUUUGAAGAGUUCUAAUCAAAAGACGCCGCCGAUUGAUGAUGGAGAUAGAAUAGCAAGUGUAAUUGAAGAUGAGAUUGAGCCAGCGAUGAUAUGGGAACAAAGGAUUAAAGAUGUUGAAGCAGAGAAAGAGAGGAGAGUCAUUACAAGUCCUGGGUUUAGUUUCUCUGCUGCUGGUCUUUUGUUUCCUUAUCAUCUUGGAGUUGCUCAGUUGCUUAUUGAAAAGGGUUACAUAAAGGAAACUACUCCUUUAGCAGGAUCUUCUGCUGGUGCUAUUGUCUGUGCUGUGAUAACCUCAGGAGCUACUAUGCGAGAAGCCCUUGAAGCUACUAAGGAACUUGCUUAUGAUUGUCGACGCAAUGGCACUGCUUUCCGUCUUGGGGCUGUCCUCAGAGAAUCUAUGGAGAGGCUACUACCAGAUGAUAUUCACAUUAGGUCCAAUGGGAGAAUUCGUGUUGCCAUCACCCAGGUGUUCUGGAGACCUAGAGGUUUACUAGUGGAUCAGUUCGACUCCAAGAGCGACUUGAUAGAUGCAGUUUUCACAUCUUCUUUUAUUCCAGGAUAUCUUGCACCAAGACCUGCAACGAUGUUCCGUAAUCGACUUUGUGUUGAUGGAGGCUUGACAUUGUUUAUGCCACCAACAGCUGCUGCUAAAACAGUUCGAGUUUGUGCAUUUUCCGCAAGUAACUUCAAACUAAAGGGUAUUGAGAUCUGCCCAGAUUGCAACCCUUUAAACAGGGCAACAUCUAGACAACUAUUGAAUUGGGCACUUGAGCCAGCAGAGGACGAGGUGUUGGAAAAGCUGUUUGAGUUGGGAUACGCAGAUGCAGCUACGUGGGCUGAUAUGAAUCCAGUUGAGGAACUGGUCUAUGACGAUACUCCUACCGCUCAAGAGAUUGCUACUUAGUUGAGAACACACGAACUUAAUACUAUAUUACAGUAACCAUAUAGUCAAAUUUAUAGAUUCUGAUAGUUUUCCAGAAGCUGGCUUUAAAGCCACAGAAAGUUGUAGUUCUUAGAUCAAACAAAGCAAAUGGUACAUCACUUUCAGUUGUUCAUAUACUUGUUCAUCAAAAAAACAUUUGCUUCGAGGCGUCGCUAUUAGGACCAAAACAUUCUCAAUAGAGUUGUCCACAAAUU